GGGGACCCGAACCAUGGAGAUGGCCCGGGACUGCGCGGGAGCCCUCAUCAGGCCCCUGACAUUUAUGGGAUCACAGACUAAAAGAGUCCUACUCACUCCCCUCAUGCAUUCCUCUCGCCCUUUCCGAGUCUCCAACCACAGCCGAAGCAGCCGGAGAGGAGUGAUGGCCAGCAGUCUGAAGGAGCUGCUCAGCAAGACCCUGGAUGCCCUACUUAUCACCAGUGGACUGGUCACUUUGGUGCUGGAGGAAGAUGGUACUGUGGUGGACACAGAAGAGUUCUUUCAGACCUUAGGAGAUAACACACAUUUCAUGAUAUUGGAAAAAGGACAGAAAUGGACACCGGCUACUAACUACGUGACUGCUCACCAGCAGCCAAAGAAAUCAGGAAUAGCAAGAGUCACCUUCGACUUGUACAAGCUGAGUCCCAAGGAUGUCAUUGGCUGCCUCAACGUGAAGGCCACCAUGUAUGAGAUGUACUCAGUGUCCUACGACUUUCGGUGUAUAGGGCUCAAGGCUCUGCUGAGGAGCCUGCUGAGGUUCCUGUCCCAUGCUGCCCAGGUGACCGGACACUUUCUCAUCUACAUGGGCAAGCACAUGCUCCAAGUGCUGGGUGACACAGAAGAGCAGACUUCUCCUGGGUUGCGCUCCAGGCAGAAAUUCACGGUUAGAUAGGAUUGCACUUUGAGGGGCUUAGCAGGCCUUGACCCAUACAUUCCUUCUCAAAUGACAAAAUUUGAAGAUGCUUAUGUUCACUUAUGCACUAUAUACACAUACACUUGUAGUCUGUUCGUCACUUCUGCUCAGGAGUGUACUCAGGUGAAAGAAAAGGGGCUUGAUGACACAUGACACAGGGGUGGAGGCUUUGCAGUAGGAUGCCUGAGGGGGAGGAGACUUGUAGGUGCCCCAAUGUGGGGAGGAAGGGACCCAAGAGCAGGAAUGUCUUGGGUGGUUAAGGAGCAAUACCACAUGCAUUAGGCCCUUUUGGCUUCUCACCUCCUGCCAUAAACCAAUCACAAAAGUUAUUUGUAGAAUACUCUCUGGUGUCUCUUUCAUCUUCCAAAAAACAAAUAAAACUUUCAUAUAGAAGCAAACUCAGCCAGAAAUCUUUU